GCCUGCUCUUCCAGAGGAAUCCAGAGCAGAGCACCUUUCCCUCUCUCUCGAUUUCUCGAUCACUCACCAGCCUCUCGAUCUCCUCUCACUCAACCCUCUCUCACAGUGAUUCGCACAGUUUGCCCAACGCCGAGUUUGACAACUCCACCUUUCUUCCUCAGUGAUAUCACUUUUGGUGGUGGAUGGAGCUCAUUGUGUUUCAGAAUGCUGCGCGCAACCACCAAAACUUUGGACGAUGUAAUGUGUGAACUGGAGAUUCCCCAAACAGAUCUCAUCAAGUCAGUCCAUUUGAGGGACAACUUACUGUUGUCAGUUAGUUUGAGCAGAAACAGGCAAGUGUGGAUCAAUAAAAUAUUUAGAAUGAAGGAUCUGAUGUCGUUUCUCAAGUCCUCCCCCUUUGUGGACAUUAAAAGCAUCAUUAUAUACUGCAAAUUUCAGUUUGAAACUGAUUUGAUCAGCAAACACUUAUGUGACAACAAUAUUUCGGCAAUGGUUGUAGCAACCGUGGCAUUUGGCAUGGGACUUGACAAGAGGGACUUUGGAGCUGUAAGAAUUAGGAACUUAAUUAGGCAUUUAAGGAGAUGGAGUUGCUUUUUGGCAGUUAACCAAGAUGGAGUUGAAGAUUUUUUGGUAGUUAAAUAGAACACUUGUUUUGAGUUCUUUUUGUCAUUGGACACACUAUGGAUAUGGAUGUUUUGUAGUUUCGGUAAUGUUGUUAAGUUUGAAAUGGUUAUUAUUGGAGGAUGAAUGUUUUGAAAGGUUUUGAAGUUGGAUGAUGAAUGUUGACUUAUUGGAUAUUUGAUUUAAAUGAUAUUUUGGUUCUUCGCAA